UUUUCUAAAAUUUUGUUGUCGUAGAAUAAUUAAAGGACUAAGUAUUUUGUAAUGGCUGAAUCACCUUUGAAUCAAAAUAAUCCUGAUCGUAAGCCUGACGUGAAUAUUCUACAAUCUAAACUUAACCAACAGAUAUUCACAACUAAUCAACAGCAACAGGUACAAUUGCCCCAUCAAAAACAAGAUUUUAUGUCUUUGGAAAGCCCAAAAGACUUUGAAAAUGACAAUGUUUAUCCGCCAAUAAGUGCUAAUUUAACCGAAUUUCUCAACCAGUUAGAAGACUAUACUCCGAGCAUUCCGGACGCUAUAACUAUUAACUAUAUGCACCGUGCUGGUUUUGAGUCAGUGGAUCCAAAGAUUGUUCGUCUCAUAUCUUUAGCUUCGCAAAAGUUUAUUUCAGAUAUUGCACACGAUGCGUUGCAACAUUGCAAAAUGAGAGGAAGUGGUCAGACAUCGAGGAAAUCUGGAAAAGAUAAACGUUACACUUUAACAAUGGACGAUUUGGCACCAGCCCUUAAUGAAUACGGAAUCCACGUAAAGAAGCCUCCAUAUUAUUCUUGAUUGAAUUUUACAAAUAUUUUUUAUAUGCCAUAUUGAACUUUGUUUGGUUUUAAUUUUAUACAAUUUUUACCAAAAUAAAGUGGCUGCAAAAGAACAAACAAAAAUAAAGUAAAUUUAAGCUUCUAUAUUAUAUUGUUUAACAGUUUUGAUUGGCGAGCUUUAAAUUAUUAUUCUAAUAACUUAUAAUAGAUCAAAUGUGUAUUGGUAAUUUGAAAAUAUAACAAAUUCUAUAUGUAUAUACAAAUAAUAGACUUUUUUUUUU